AUGACAUCAACACUGAGUGAAGCGGACGACAACAGCUACAACUACAAUAACAACAACUCGCUCGACGAUAUAUUCGAUUCGUCGCCGGAUGGUCAUAAUCACGAAAAUCGCGAAAUACAUAACAACGACGAUAUUAUACCGUCUACACGGUCAACGGCAGAACCCUCCGAUCUCCCAUUCCUUCGCCGCCAACACGUUACAGCUGGAUACAGGGAUGGAAUCACUGCCUCGAAAUCAGAGCAUGUCCAACGAGGUUUUGACGCUGGAUAUCCCGUUGGCGCGCAAUUCGGGCUUCGAGUGGGUACGAUAUUAGGUAUUUUAGAAGGGUUAGUGGGUGGCUUGGAAUCAACGUCGUCGAAGACGGGGCCUGUGAAGAAACGUUCUGUCGGGAAUAAACAAGUAGAGGAAGAAAAGGACGAGGGUGCGGCAAAAGAGCAAAGACAGAAGAUUGAGAGAUUGAAGGGCUUGUACAAAAAUGCUCUGAAAGACUUGGAUGUUGAGGCACUGUUCGGCGGGUUGCAAGCAGGAGACAGAGACGGCCCAGACCAAAGGACAGCAGAGGAAUUCACUGAAGAAUCAAAGCCAGAAAAUCGGUUACGCGAGAAAGCAGAACCUGUGGUUGCCAAAUGGGAGAAGCUAGUCGAUGUUACGAAAUGGGAGGAGGGUAUGGAAGCGGUUGAAAGUAUGGAAGAUCUGACUGUCGAGAAGAGAUGA